GUCAGUACAACAUGUCUAUUUCGACACAAAAUAUUCACCCUCUUAGCCUUUCCGGCGAUGUGGCAAAUAACUUCUCGAACUGGCUGCAACAAUUUAAAAUAUUUUUGAUUGCAGCAAACCUUGAUGAGGCUCCAUCCAAACUGAAAGUGGCCUUGUUUCUUGCCCUGAUUGGACCUCAAGGGCUGGCAGUUUUUAACUCAUUCAAUAAAGACUCAGAUGCAAUCCAAUUUGAGGAGUUGGUCCAACUUUUUAAAGAACAUUUUCUCCCCACAAAAAACUUGACAGUUGAACGUCACAAAUUCUUCACUCGAGUGCAGCAGCCAGGUGAGAGUAUUGAUGACUUUGUCACUGCCUUAAAGACACUGAGUAACUCCUGUGAAUUUGGGUCAUUGACUGAUAGUCUGGUGAAAGAUAUCUUGAUUUGUGGACUCAAUGACAGUCACACUAACAUUGAAGAACGCCUGCUCCAGGAUCUGGACCUUAACCUAGAUAAAGCACUGCAAGUGUGUCGAUCAGUGGUGAUGUCCCAACAGCAUGUCAAAGCCCUCCUGUGCUCUACUUCUGACUUGACAAUUGGAGUAGUGAACAGACGAUUUCUCCGGGACGGAUCAAACCAGUUUCAUCAACCAGCCAACAACUCAGGUUAUGUUCACACUCCCAGUACCUCUGGUAAUGUCAUUCAACAGGCUCAUUCUUCAACCCAACCUUUCCGGUCAGGACAAGUGAAUCAAAGACCAAAUAUGCCGCCCAUUUGUGAUAAGUGUGGCCAGGUGUAUCACUUCAAGUGCCCAGCACUUAAUAAAACAUGUAGUAGGUGUGGUCCUUUGAACCACUUUGCUAAAAUGUGUAGAAGCAAGACAGUGAUGUCAAUUGAAUACCAUCAGUCUCAGCCACAAGAAAAUCAAGUGAAUACUUCUGAUACUUCUUGCUCAGACAGCUCAGGACAACUCUCCCAAUCACAGAUGCACUUCUAGCUCCGACUCUGGCAGGCCAUUCCAAGCACAAGGAACAAUGCCAGCAGCAACAACUGAGAGCUCAACAACAGUUUGGCAAACAUGUAUGCCAGCUACCUCCUCUUUGUGUUGGUGAAUCUGUCUUCUUCAAGCUCACUCCUGACAGCAUCUGGUCCCCUGCUACAGUGGUAUCUAUUGAUGAAAUGCCUAGGUCAUACACAGUGAAGUCAGCCUCUGGACACACUUACAGACGGAAUCGUAAGCACCUUCUGAAUCAGUCAGGUAGGAAAGGCUUGACUCCAUUAGUUGGCACACAUCAUACUGGAUAUCAUAGAGACCAUACAACAAAUGUGGAUGCAACUGGUAAUGUCAGCCAAAAUUUUCCCCCACAACCUAAUAUGUAUUUUUCUGUACCUCUCUGGGGUGAAAAUGAGGACACUACUGGGGAAAUUAACAGUGAGAUUUCAGAUGGUGGCUCAAGUGGGGACUUUAUGGGUUUCCCUGACAAUGUCUGUCAUACUAGUUUACCCGAUCUGUCUUUUUCAU